CCCGGCCCACUUUCUCCUUUUAAUUUCACAAAGGAGUUUCUAAAACCCUAACGGAAAAACACACUCACCACAAAAAUGGUGCACGCCAGAGCCAAAACCAACAAGUCUGGAGCUUUGAUAGGUUCCAACGAUGACCUUUUAACCGAGAUCCUUCUCCGGCUACCAGUUACCUCCAUCCUCCGCUUCAAAUCUGUUUCCAAACACUGGCGUUUGCUUUUGACUCACACACAUUUCACCCACAGGUAUGAUAAGCUUUCAAAAUCUCCUGGUAUAUUUGCUGACAAUGUAUAUGUCCCGUUUGAUGUUGAAAACCCAAGCACCCCUCCUCCUUGUCGUAAUCUUGAUACCUACUUUGACCGUUCGGGUGUUAGAAUCUUGCAAUCUUGUAAUGGAUUACUACUCUGCUGUACUGAACGAGGGUCUAUAGGUCAGAAAGCUGCUGAUAAAUAUUAUGUAUUUAAUCCCACCACCAAGCAAUUGGCCCUCAUCCCACCGAUCCGCGGAGGUCUUAAAGUUCGUAAAACAGUCCGUUGUAUGGGUCUGGCAUUUCAUCAAACAGAUUGUGUUCACUAUAAACUUGUUUGUAUUCGUGAAUUAGAUACUCGUGGGGAGUUGUUUCAGAUUCAAAUCUACUCAUCUGAUACACGGAAAUGGAAGAUUUCUAUUGAAUCUUUCCCCGCGUGGAUAGCCACCUACAGCCAUGGGGUUUACUGGAAUGGAGCUGUUUAUUGGGCUCCUUCUUAUGGCACAUUCAGUCCCUUGUACUUUAAACUUGAUGUUGAACAGUUGCAAACGUUGCCCUUACCUGCGCAGAUGAAUCCUUCAGAAACAAGAUUCGGGGAAAUGUACUUUGGGGAAUCUAGAGGUCAUCUGCAUUUAAUAGUAUCCAAACGUGAUAGUUUGCGCCUAAAUGUGUAUGAGAUGUUGAGCGAUCAUUCUGGGUGGUUUAUCAGGUAUCAACUUGAGCUUGAUGAGCUUCCGGGUGCUUUCCCAGAAAUCAACAUUUUUUUCGAUCAGUACGAAUUACAAGUCAUUGAUGUGGUCAGAGGUGAAGAAGAAGAAGAUACGUUCCUGGUGCUGGUAACCCCCUUUAAGAUGAUAACAUAUAAAGCUCGUGCCAAGAGUUUUAAGGAGAUCUUUACGCUCACCAAUUCCUUCCCCUUUCACUUCCAUGAUGGGUACUCAAGAUUUCAUCGUUACACCGAAACCUUAGCUUCUUUCUAAAAGACAAGUUGAUUUGUUAUUAUCUCUCGCUCGUAAUAACGGGGUUUGAAAGUGCGUUUUUUUGAAAAAAAGUAUUAGCUUAUAAAAAUAUUAGGUCUUGGUAAAGUGUCUCGGUUAUGACUUCCAUAACCAAUCAAAGUUAAGGGGGAUUUGAGCGCACCCUCUGUUACGCCCUUAAGUAUGCGUCAUUGUGUCCGUGGUGAUAAGUGUACUAUGACACGGGCUUAAAGAAGCUACCUUAUGUAUAUAUAGAGGGUGUUCUACUGCUGCUUGCCUAAAUCCAGAUGUCAUAACAGAUGAAUAUGUCGCAUCAGGCAUGUGAACUUACUACCAAUAUCAGGUCAGGUAAACUCAUAUACUUGAUAUGAUCGGGACUGGAUUUCCAUGGGGAACAAGUCAUUAUUUAUGCUUCAUCAAAUUGUGUAAACGACGCGUUCUGGUUCUUUUUAUAUGAAUCAUAGUUCCCGAUCUCCCCUGCA